AUGGUGGCCGCCGGGGGGACGUGCGCGCGGGCGGGGCGGCGACGAGCCGAGGCCGAGGCCGGGCUGCGGGGCGCCCCCGCCGCCCCCGCGCCCGCGGCGACGCCCUCGCCUCCCGCCGGCCCGGCGCCCCGAGACCCGCGCCGCCGCCCCCUCCCCACCUCCCCUCCCCCCGCCGGCGCCCUGUCCACGUCCCCGGUCCCUGCCCACACCGCGCCCCCCUGCCCCGACCGGGGCUCUGACUCCCCCGCCCUCGUGGGAGCCCAGCCCAGGCCUGACCUCUGGCCAUCCUUGGGAUGGCCCCCUGGAAAGCCGGCCCCCGGGGUCUCCCGCCUUGUGCCGCCACCCGCACCCCCGGCUUGCCCAGCCCACCGAGGUCAGUGGAUGACCGUCCUCACCUCAUCAGGAUGGAUGCUGGAGGCUUUGGCCCUGGGAUUCCUGCUCCUGGCCGUGGCAGGGAAGACCCCCAGGCGGACCUGCUACCACCCUGAGAAGGGUUGCCCAGGGCACUGUGAAGGCGAGCAGGGCCUGCACCACUUACAGAUUUGGGAAGCUGAGGACUCCCCAGCACGAGUGUCUCCUGUCUUCUGUCACUGCCACGCUCCCCGGUGUGCCCCCAGGAGGCACGUUUGGAGCUUUCAGACAGGGGGGUGCGGGUUCAGUCCCUGACCGGGGAGAUCCCACAUGCUGCGUGGCGUGGCCAAAAAAUCUUUUAAAAAAAAAACCAGAUUUUUGUAUGGAAACACAAUUGUUCACGUGAACUGGAAUAAAGACCACAGUAAGUG